AUGUCAAUACAAGAUGAUAUCAUAUAUAAUAUACCAAAUCGAUCUCAAACUAAUGUAACAAAAAUUAAAGAUCUAAUAUCCGGAAAAUAUAAAGACUUAGUAACUUUUUCAAUUAAUAAUCAAAAUUUGAUAAUAAAUUCAAAUCAACACAACAAUCUUAAUGAAUUACAACUACUAGAUGAUCUUAAACAAAUUGGGAUUUCAAAUGUUAAAAUGAUAUCUUCCUCAAUACCAACAAUCCAAACAUCUGUAUCUAUUCAAGGAAUGACUUGUGGAGCAUGUUCUGCAAGUAUUACUGAAUCUUUAGAAUCACAACCGGGUAUUGAAAACGCAUCUAUUUCCUUAGUAACUGAAAACGGAUUAAUAACACAUUCAAUAAAUUAUCCAACUAAUCAAAUCAUUUCAAGUAUUGAAGAUUGUGGUUUUGAUGCACAAAUUAAUAAAUUACCUCAUUCUAUUUUAAAAUCUACUACAAAUAAAUUACUACAGACAAGUAUCGGAAUAUCAGGGAUGACUUGCGGAGCUUGUUCUAGUUCAAUAACGGAUUCUAUACAACAAUUAGAAGGAGUAGAUUAUGUUUCCGUAUCACUAAUUACAGAGGAAGCACUUAUUAAACAUAACCCAUCAAUAACUUCGGAAAAAUUAAAAGAAGUAAUAGAAGAUUGUGGAUUUGAUGUAACAAGAGUAAAUAGUAUAAAUCUGGAUGAAAGCAUUAAUAAGAAUGAGCAAACAGUUGACUACGAAGAAGUUAAUUUAAAAAUAAUUGGAAUUGAUUCAGAUCUAGAUCUACAAGAUUUGAGAUACAACAUAGAAGCUUUUAUAAAAAGUUUUCCAGGAAUUAAAGAUUAUGAUAUAAAACUUUUGAAUACUUUUGCGACAGAUCCCUCACAAGAUUCAAUAGUAGAAGAUGAAAAUGACAUAAAGGAUUUACAAAGCGAAAUGAGGUUCACAUAUGAUGUCAAUCAAGUAGGAAUACGGGAUGUUGUUGAUGGUCUUAAUAAUAUAAAUGAAAAUAUUGAAUUUUUAGUAUUUAAUUCAUUAGAUCAAUCUUCAGCAUCUCAAUUAAAAUUACUUUCAAAAAUCAAGGAUAUACAGUAUUGGAAGAAUAUUUUCUUACAAAGUUUGUUACUUGGUAUACCUGUUAUAAUUUUAGUUCAUUCAGAAAAAACAGAAUUUUUUAAGAAAUUAAUGAUUUUUAAAGGAUUAUAUUUAGUUACAGUGAUUGAAUUAACUAUUUCAACUUAUAUCCAAUUCCAUUUAGGUCAUAAUUUUAUUAAAAAAUUUGCAUCAUUUAUAAGAACAAAUUUUAAAGGUGCAUCAAUGGAUGUUUUAGUUUGUAUUUCAACAAUGGUAACUUAUAUUUUUUCUUUAACUUCAAUUAUUAUAAGUGUUUGGAAUGGAAGAACUGAAAAUCCACCAAAAGUAUUAUUUGAUACUUUGGUUAUGUUGAUUACUUUUGUAUCAUUUGGAAAAUUAUUAGAAAAUAAAGCAAAAGGUGCUACAUCCACUGCAUUAUCCAGUUUGUUAUCAUUAACUCCUUCAAUAUGUACAAUCAUUGAUGAAUCAAAUAUUUAUGGUUCUGACAAACAUGUUGAAACUUCUGAUAAGAUCACUCAAGAUUUCAAAACAAGAAAUAUCUCAAUUGAUUUGGUUCAACCAAAUGAUAUUGCUAUUGUAUUACCAGGUGGUAAAGUACCAGCUGAUGGAGUAAUAGUAUUUGGAGAAUCCGAAAUUGAUGAAAGUUUAAUCACAGGUGAACCAUUACCGGUAUAUAAAACAAAGGGAGAUUCAGUUAUUGGAGGAUCUAUAAACGGACCUCAUUUAAUACAUAUGAAAGUUACAACAACAGGUAAAAAAUCUCAAUUACAUCAAAUUAUAAAUUUAGUUAAAGAUUCACAAGUUAAUAAAGCUCCUGUUCAAAGAUUUUCAGAUUAUAUUGCUGCUAGAUUUGUACCAGCUGUAAUGUUAUUAUCAAUUAUAACAUUCAUUAUUUGGUCACUUAUUUGUUAUAAUAUACAUCCUGAUGGAUUACCAAUGAUAUUUAGAAAAAGUGAAAAUGGAAAAUUAUUUGUUUGUUUACAAAUUGCAAUAUCAGUUAUAGUUGUUGCAUGUCCUUGUGCAUUAGGUUUAGCUGCUCCAACUGCUGUAAUGGUUGGAACAGGUGUUGGUGCAUUAAAUGGAGUUUUAAUUAAGGGUGCUGAUAUUUUGGAAAAAACCACCUCAAUUAAUAUUUUGUUAUUUGAUAAAACUGGUACAUUAACUACGGGUGAAAUGUCAUUAGUCAAAUAUGUUCCAAUAUUGAAUGAAGAACAAAAAUUGAAUGAAUUAAUUUGGUGGAAAUUGAUUGGAUCUGUGGAAUGUAAUUCAGAACAUCCUAUUGGAAAAGCUUUAACAAAAGUUGCAAAAAAUAAAUUAGGUUUAACUUUUGAAGAAGAUACUUUUGAUACAAUAAUAGAAUCAUUGAAUGUUUUUAUUGGAUGUGGUAUUGAUGCUACAGUUACUAUUGAUUCAAGUCGUUAUAACAUCAGUAUUGGAAAUAUAAAAAUGAUUAAUGAAAAAUUUGAAAAUAUUUUACCAGAAAUUAAUUCAAACAAUUCAAACAAUACUGUUGUUUAUGUUAUUAUCGACGAAAAGUAUUCAGGUUAUAUUGAAUUGUCUGACUCUUUAAAAGAAGGUUCAUAUGAAGUUAUUGAUUACUUAAAAAAUGUUGAAGGUUAUAUUGUUGGAAUGGUUACUGGUGAUAACAAAAAUUCUGCUUUAAAAAUUGGUAAAGAAGUAGGAAUAAGUGAAAAUAAUAUAUUUUAUGAAGUAUCACCAAUACAUAAAGAUGAAGUAAUUAAUCAAUUAAAAGAAAAAUAUGGUUCAAAUGCAGAUGUUGCGUUUAUUGGAGAUGGUAUAAAUGAUGCACCAGCAUUAGCUAAAGCAGAUAUUGGAAUGGCUAUAAGUUCAGGUACAGAUAUUGCAAUUGAAAGUGCAGAUAUUGUAUUAAUUGGUAAUAAAAAACAUAAUCAAACAGAUUUACAUGGAGUUAUAAAUGCUUUAAAAAUUUCAAAUAAAACAUUUGCUAGAAUUAAAUUAAAUUUCAUAUGGGCUGUUAUUUAUAAUUUAUUUAUGUUACCUUUUGCAAUGGGUUGUUUUUUACCUUUUAAUUUAAUGUUACCACCUGUUGCUGCUAGUAUAGCAAUGAUGAUAAGUUCAAUAAGUGUUGUUUUAAGUUCAUUACAAUUAAAAUGGUGGAAACCACCAAAAAUGGAGAAAUUAAGUACUUUUGAUGAUUUGGAAAUUGGUAAUACUACUAAUAAAAUUGAAUUUGAUUUAAAAAAUGGAAAUUUGAAAGAAUUUAAUGCAUUAAGAAGAAAAACCAAGAAUUGGAAUUUCAGCUCAGUAUUUAAAAAUAGAGGAAGAACAAGACUUAGAAAUAUUAAUCAAGACUAUGAAUUGAUUUCUGGAAGUUAG